AUGCCUGCGGCGAUGCCGGAGAGGAGGACCGCGAGCGCGAAGACUGUGCCGGCGACGGGAGCGACGGUGGUAGAGAGGAGGUCGUGGAUGGCGAAUAGUGAAGCUUCUUCGGCGGCGCUAGAGGAGUGUAGUGAUGCGCCGGCGAGGAUGAGGAGGGCGGGGUUGACGAAGAGGGCGAAUCUCAUUCACUGCACGCCUGCUUCAGUUUUUGUUGUUUUUCCUACGUGCAUAUUGCUGGUCGAUAUGAACACCCGCACGCCAUCCCGCGCACCGCGCACGGAGCAGAGAAUCCAGGGGAAGAAACGCAGUGGUAAUGGAGUUGUCAGGGAGCUGAAGAGGGAGCUGAAGAGGGAUGUGGAGAUUAUGGAGAGGGGGUUUGCGGAUCAUCUUAAGAGUAUGAGUGAGGAGGUCGGCUCGAGCGAUGAGGAGGAUACGGAGGAUGAUGAGGAUGACAAGGACGAUGGGGAUGAUGGGGAUGACAAGGUUGACGAGGAGGAGGAGGCGGCGGAGGAGAAUGACAAGGACGACGAGGAGGAAGAGGAGAAGGCGGAGGAGAAUGACAAGGACAAGGAGGAUCAUGUUCAUCAUCCGAGUGGAGACGAAAACAAGGAUACACUUUCUCGGAAGAGGAAAAGGGACGAUGAAGAUGACGGCGAAGUCAGCUCAGGAGAAGAAAUUUUUGAACCCCCCGCAGUCCAGAUCGACAGUGACUCUCCGGUUAUUGGCCCACCACCAGCAACGAGUGUGUCUACGAGUGCCUCCAUCGCUGUGAGUGCGCCGCUGACGAAGAGUGUCCUCAGGCUGCUGGCUUAG